AUGAGUAAGCUGUGCAGGCAGGUGUCCAUCGAGUCGCCGGGGCCCACCCUCAAGGAGUGUGUGUUCAGUUUCGACGUGCCCGUACCUGACGUACCGUUGUACGGCGCUCGUAUACGUGUCGUGUACGCGGGCGCCUGCUACAGGGCACACAGGACACGCUCGGCGUCUGUGUGCAGCACCUCCUCAGUCUCAUCCGUCGGCAGCCUGUCAGGCGAGAUGGAGAGCUUCGGGAUCCAUGCGGCGACACCUGCGCAUAUAGGAUUAAGAGACGGCGCUCUAUUCCCGGGAUACGAGGUGGCCGGCGUCGUGGAUGCGGUCGGAAAAGCCGCCGAUUGUCCCCCGGACAUCAAAGAAGGCACCAGGAUCGUUCUGUAUCCUUACGAGGGCGUGCCUCACGGCUACGCAGACUAUAUAGUGGUGCCUGACUUCAAGUGUUUAGUGCCGGUACCGGAACAGCUGCCUCUGAGUGUGGCGGCCAUGUUGCCCACUGGAGCGUUGCUGGCUAUGAACACAGUGUUCACAGCGGGGGAGUGCCUCAAGACAGUGUUGGAAGGGCCUAAUCAUAAAGAUAAAGCCACCAUAUUGAUCGUGGGCACCGGCGGCCUGGCGCUGUGGGCACUGCGCAUCGCGACUAACUACUUCAAACACGGACCCUACCAUGACAAGAUUACCAUCACCGUCGCCACACUCAAGGAUGAAGGGUUCAUUCUGGCUAAGGAGAGUGAUCAGAUCAAAGUGGUGCAAUGGAACGAGGAUCUGUACGAGAAGCAGCUGAUCGAGCGCACGACGGACGCGUGCGGGGGCAGGGUGGACGUGGUGAUGAACUUCGGCACCACGUCGCGCUCCCUGCACCGGUCCCUGCAGUGUCUCGCACAGGGUGGUGUGGUGUUGGUGACGGAGGAUGUCGGGGAGAAGCUGCUGCCCAAGUUCGCCAAGAAGGCGGAGGAGAUGAGCGUCCACAUCGUGGUGGUGCCUAACGGGUCCAUCGACCAGCUGCGGGAACUGGUGCACCUGGUGGCCAGGGGAGAAAUCGAGCCUCCACCACAUUCGGUGUUCCCCGCUGAGGAGGCGCAGGAGGUGGUCAGGAAACUGUGCAACUCCGAGAUCCAGGGGCGCGCCAUACUCAAGUUCCACAACGUCGACUAG